UCCGAUUCUUCUUUACAGAAGGAGAAGAGCCUUCGCAUUUCACAUCAUUCUUCCGGAUGGGGUCUCGUGAGCAUAUUGUAAUGCUACCAUACAUGGCCCAUGGCCAUCUCAUACCAUUCCUAGCGCUCGCAAGGCAGAUCCAACGAAGAACUGGCUUCACCGUCACCAUUGCCAACACCAAGCUCAAUAUCCAGUACCUCCGAAGUUCUACUAUUUCUACCGAUUCAAUUUCGGACGUCCGUUUCGCUGAGCUCCCCUUCUGCUGCUCCGACCACGACUUACCACCCAACACAGAGAACACCGAGAACUUGCCUCUCAACAAAAUAGUGAACCUCUUACACGCGUCGUUGAGUCUCAAAGAUCCUCUCCUCCGCCUUGUCCGUAAUAUCAUUGACCAAGAAGGCCGGCCUCCGCUUUGUAUAAUUUCCGACGUUUUCUUUGGAUGGGCUGCUGACGUUGCAAACAGUGUAGGCACUGCGAAUGUUACAUUCGCCACAGGCGGUGCCUAUGGCACUAUGGCCUACAUCUCUUUGUGGCUGAACCUCCCACAUCGCUCUACAGAUUCCGACGAGUUCGCGCUGCCGGGGUUUCCUGAGAGUUACCGUUUCCACCGAUCUCAACUUCAUCAGUUUCUAAGAGCUGCGGAUGGCACUGACAUCUGGUCUAGAUUUAUGCAGCCGCAGAUUUCGCGUUGUUUGGAGUCUUGUGGGUGGUUGUGUAACUCGGUCGACGAAAUUGAGCCUUUGGGGCUUCAACUUCUCAGAAAAUUUCUCAAGCUUCCUGUUUGGACUAUUGGUCCUCUACUUCCCAUCUCAGGAAACCCGUCCUCUUCACAGUCAAGUAUUUCCAGACAACGAGCCGGGAAAGAACCCGGGUUGGCUCCUGAAAAAUGCCUUGAGUGGCUUGAUUUACAGAGUCCUGAUUCGGUGCUCUACAUUUCUUUCGGCUCGCAGAACACCAUCGGCUCCUCCCAAAUGAGGGAAUUAGCGAUUGGCUUGGAGGAGAGUGGAAAAGCUUUCAUUUGGGUCAUAAGGCCACCCCUUGGAUUUGACCUGAAGGGUGAAUUCAGAGCGGAAUGGUUUCCGGAAGGAUUUGAAGAACGAACGACGAGGGAAAGCAAACGAGGCUUGUUGGUGCGCAACUGGGCGCCCCAGUUGGACAUUCUGUCACACAGAUCGACCGGAGCUUUUCUGAGUCAUUGCGGGUGGAACUCGGUAUUGGAGAGCUUAAGCCAGGGCGUGCCGAUUAUAGGGUGGCCGAUGGCGGCCGAGCAGGCGUACAAUUCAAAGAUGCUGAUGGAGGAGAUGGGUUUGAGUGUGGAGUUGAGUAGAGGGAUUCAGAGUGUUAUUGUGGGGAAGGAAGUGAAGAGGGUCAUUGAAUUGGUUAUGGACGAAGAGGGCAAAGGCGAGGAUAUGAGGAAGAAGGCUGCUCAGGUUAAAGAGCAGAUAUGGUCAGCAAUAAGAAACGAGGGAGAAGAGAGGGGCUCUUCGGUCAAAGCUUUGGAUGACUUUGUGACGUCCAUUCUUUCCAAGAGGCAAGAAGAACAAAAAACCGUGCCUGAAUUCGGGUACAACAAUUUAAGGGAAAUUAUAGAUUAGCUUUUGUCUUUUACUCCAACUAAAUUGGAGAAUAAAACGCUUAGGCGAUCGUCUCUCCCAAACCUCAACUCCCUCUUAACCGCCUCAAAGCACUAACUCCGAUCCAUGAGAGGACUGUGCUUCCCUCCCCCUUUUCACCCUCUUCUCCCUCUUCUCCUCCCUCCUUUUCCCCUCUGCUGCCGCUUCUUUUUAAGCCCCUACCUUGCAUGAGAUUACUUUAACAUUACUUGCCACAAUGGAGGCCUUAUCUUUGCUUUCUCUACCAACAUCACAGUCCACACCGGCCACCUCCUUCAUCCACCGCAUUUGGUUAGGAACUUGGGUUGAGUUUUUCGAAGCUAGAUCUAUGCUCUUUAGCCAGAUUCAACAUGACAUGCGUCUCUCCAUCAUGUUUCCCGCUGUCUUCCGCCUUCAUCGACACCAGCCGCAAUCCACCCAGACCUCCCCUCAUCGGAGCGUAGAUUAUAGGGCCCAGCGAGUGAAUUUCACUCGCCGACGUGUGGAGGCCAUGCACGUUCCUCCCCAUAUCAUUCCCCCGCCUCUGCUAUUAGCCGACGGUGGUAGUCCGCGGCGUCCUUGGCAGGAGAAAGGUUGUUCAAGGCUGGUGCGUGAAGGUCACGCGCCUGCACCUCCGACUCCCAACAUACCAACUAGUGUUGUGUUGUGUUGUUUGUUUUAUCACUUUUGUAUUUAUGGGCUAUCUAUUUUAUGUAUCUUCUUUGUGUUCUCUGUAAUGGUUACGCACCCGGUAUUUGGGUCCUUUGAACCCUAUGUACACCUUUAACCACCAUUACCGGUGGUGGCUUGGUUUCUAAACAUCCGUACCAAGAAUCAAUAGGCCUGAGUUCUAGGAUGCAUUACCUCCGCGUACUUACAUUCUUAAUGUUUAUUUUUGGUUGUCCAGCCCUAGUUUGAUGUAAUUUCCUUUUCUAGUACCUAAAAAAAAAAAAAAAAAUUGCUUUUGUGGAUUGCGAAUUAUGGACAAUUGUCGUAAAAGUCUUUCUUGUGUU